AUGACGCGCUUCUGCAGCCCCAGCUUCGAGGCGGACGCCUUCUGGGCCACGCUCUGCUCCUCUCGCGACGCCGGCUUCCUCAUGACCUGCGAGGCCAAGAACGAGGCAGCGCACCUGGAGCCGUUCCACGUCUACCUGCUCUUGAGCAUCUUCGAGGUGGCCACGCGCGACGGCGGCCAGACCCGGCUUGUCAAGAUCCGGAACCAGCAGGAGAAGGAGAGAACUAAGUGGACGGGCGCCUGGUCCGGCGAGUGCCCGAACUGGAACCCGUCGUUGCGAGAGCAGUUGGAGUACCCUGUCGGGAGCGAAAAGAUGGUCUUCUUCAUGGCACUCGGGGACUUCCUCCGGCAGUUCGCCCACUGCACGAUCUGUCGGAUCAGGGCCAGCGACAGCUGGCACCAGGACCGCACGGCGGUGGAUUUGCCCGCGGGGCGGCCCCCGCGGCUUGGGGCGCAGCUGAGCACCCGGGCCUCCGUGGCGGAGUGCUCCCUGAGCCUGUCGCAGCCAGAGGAGCGCGCCAGGCAGGGCCCCCUCUUCCCAGGCCUGCCGAAGGAGGAGGCGUGCAUCGGCGUCGUGCUGCUGAAGAACGGGCCCGAGGACUCGAAGGAGACGGCCUCGAGUGCGGCCUCCCUGCGACGGUGGAGGCAGUGGCGUCGAUGCGUAGCGUGUCCGCCGUGUCGGCGGACUGCUGGCUGGCCCUGA